UGCGCGAACCGCCAGCACGCGACGCGGUUGCCCCGACGCCGGUGCCUAUCUAUUCUACGAAAAUCCAUCUCCGACGCGCCGUGGUGAACGUCAUGUCCCGAGCGUUUAAAUUUGCACAAAGGAACACCGACGAAAACUCGAUAUAAACGAUUAACGCUAACAAUCGUAAGGGAGAGAAAAGAUUCCAGCAGAUUUUACGCUUUGUUCCAGCCAUUUCUAUAAACCUUUUGUUUCGCAAAUAUGGAUUUUAUCACCGGCGUAAAGAUAAUAGGACGGGGAUAAAUAAUUCCCGGAGGGGCGGGCCAUCGUCGGGAAAUAAAGGGAUAACGAGAUUACACGACUCCCGUUGCUGGCGAACAAUUGAAAUCAUUAAAAUGCAAUCACGAAACAUCGCUGCUUCUCGGAGGCGCAGAAUUAACGAAUGCGAAAACGCGAUGUAAAACGCAAUUUGAGGCUGUAACCCCGGCGACGUACCGUUGCCUUCGGCAAUAGAAGGAUCCGAUGUACUUUUGUAUGUAAAUCCCGUCCGCGAUAACGGAUAAAGAAGGAACGUCGAUGCGUGGAUGCGACCCUCCCGGUAAAAUACGAACUCAGUGAGGAGAGCGUGGGUGUUGGUACAAAAAAUUGUGAAACGACUUUUGCAAUUAAAAGUGACGCGUUUUACUAAAGGGAACAGAUCAAAGUAAGAGGAGCAGGCGGACGUAUACGGAGAACUGGCGGCACUCGGAGAAAAAUGGGACGUUCGAGGCAAUAUUACAUGAUUUUACGAUGAUGAGAAACGGGCAGGACGGUUCGCCGAGUCGUCGAAACAGCGACGGCGACUGAUUAUGACGCGGGUCCGCACGCGCCGCUAUCUCUCUCGUCUCCUCCUGUCAUUCUUAUCCUUCGAGACCUUCCAUCUUCACCGCAACCUGAUCCUCAUCAUCCUCGGCCUCGUUUGCGUUCCCAGCGUUCUGCCGUGCAGCGAAAAGACGAGGCCCCAGAGUCAUGACCUCGCCGUUGCCGCCACCGCCUCGUUUCCUUGCAUCGUCGACGCCAGUGAAAGAAAAUAUUCCCGGCGGGAUCGCGGCGAGCCGCCGGGCUUCAGCCGCGACCACGAGCUUCCCGACGGCACGGAUAAACAGCCAACAGGAAUCGACGCAGGGAACGAACGGAAAAGAGUGCAUCGGGCGAUAGGAAAUGUCGAAUUAUUCGAUGCCGUUUCCGAUUCGGUGAAUCACCGUGUUAGCGAGUCGCCUAAACGACACGGGAAAAGGAAACUACGGCGAAAGAACGAUGUAACGGACACUAUCAAUGAUCCGAAUAACGCGAGCAAUCACGAUAAGAGGGCGAAAAGGAACUUUGGCAAGAGGCGAAAAUUGGGUGAGAAAGUGGCGGCGACGGCGGCGGAUUCGAAGGAAAAGCUCGAUUGCGACGAGUGCGAAGAGUUCGCCGUUGAUCCGAGGUCUGCAAGGAGAAGCAGAGCCGAUAGGACAGUGGAUAAUCCCGAAGCGGAAGGAAACAACGGAGACGGGGUGAAUCAGCCGAUAGAAGCUAGUGGCGAUCUGUCGUUGCUGGCCGCGAACGAGAGUGCGGAGGAACCUUUCACGGGGUUUGAGGGCUCGCAGAAAUUUCCUAUAAAAGUCACGUACAAACCACCCGUCGCGCCUCAAGUGGAGAAGUUCGACAGGCGGCACUUCGGCCCGCCGAAGCUAGACGUUCCGGAGUCCACCGACGCUUCGUAUCCUGCGACGUUGUCGCCGGACUUACCGAAGAGCCCUGGCAGAGACGUACUUCACCGCCAUCGUAAGGUGGACGAGAGUCUGGAAGAGGAGCGAAGGCAGGAAGCAGCUAUCGAGAACGAGAGGGUCAACGAAACGACCGCGUACGACAGCUGGUUGCCAGGUGCGUCUUCUGGCCGGCAGUCCUCGAACCUAGCCGCUGGGAAACCUUCUUUGGAAGAGAAACACGUUUCACCGACGUCCGCUUCGACGUUGACACCCACUACUGUCGAGGACGCGGAAAACGGAUCACGUGUCGUUUUCUGGGAAGAGGAGGCGACCGGUGUUACAAUGCCGAACGUGACGUCGUUCGAGAAGAUAAAUAUAACAAUUUUGGGUCUAUUCGAGAUGACGCGAGGCGCCGAACCGAGACCGGAAGGACCGAGCGAGCUACAAGCUGCCAGGCUGGCCAUCGAACGCGUCAACGAGAUGAACGUCCUGUCCAAAUUCAGGCUCCGUCUUAUCUACAAUGACACCAAGUGCGACCCAGGAGUGGCAGUGGACAGAUUUUUCCACGCGCUCUAUUCCGCGAAGGAGAACGAUUUGAUACCUCUGCUGCUGGGAACCGCCUGCUCGGAGGUGACUGAGACCUUGGCGAAGAUCGUGCCCUAUUGGAACGUGAUUCAAGUCUCGUUCGGAUCGACGGCACCCGCGCUCUCGGAUACCACCGAGUUCCCGUUAUUUCUCCGCACGGUCGCACCUGAUUCGAGUCACAAUCCCGCCAGGAUAGCACUCAUCAAGCAUUUCGGAUGGGACACCGUCACCGCCCUCUCGCAAACCGGUGACAUGUAUUCUCUGGCGGUGAACGAUCUAGUCACGGAAUUGGAGCAGGCGAACAUCACAUGCACGGCUACCAUCACGUUCGCGGAGAACGAUUACAAGGAACAGCUACGAACUUUAAAAGAACUGGACACGAGAAUCAUCAUUGGGAGUUUUUCGCCGCGACUGGCACCAAGCGUUUUCUGCGAGGCCUGGAAGCUCGGCAUGCAUGGCGGAGAUUAUGCGUGGAUUCUGCCAGGUGACACGAUCGACCUGUCGGGAAUGACGGGUAAUUGGUGGCACUCGGUACCAGAGGAAUGCACGCCGUCGCAGCUGUCGCAGACUCUCGAUGGCCUGAUCAUCGUCAAGAGUCACGGCUCUGCCCUGGGACACGAAGUCAGCUCCUCGGGACUGACGAGCAUCAAGUUUACGACAGAAUUGGCUAAGAGAGGCGUAACGCAUUCGAAAUUCGCCGGUCAGAUCUUCGACGCUGUCUGGGCCAUGGCUCUAGCAUUGGAACAAACCGAAAGCAUCCUGACCAAAGAGAACGCCAGCGUGGCGCAGUACACGCACACGCGGAAGGACAUCGCGCUGGAGCUGUUGCAACAAUUGAAACAAUUGCGUUUCCUCGGGGUUUCGGGACCGGUCUCGUUCGAUGGAGCCGAUCGGGUGGGUAUCACGGCGUUCUACCAGAUGCACGGUCACGUUGUCCGGAGGAUCGCGAUAUUCAACCCGGAAGACGGGAAGCUGAUAAUGAAUUGUACGGGAUGUGCGACGACGAGAUGGCCCGGCGGACAUCCACCCGCAGCUCGCAGGGUUUUCCGAUUGAGAGUGGUGACCGUGGCACCUGCGGCUUUCCUGGCGGUUACGUGCCUCGCCAGCGUCGGCGUAACUUUGGCCCUCGCUUUCUUGGCCUUCAAUCUGCAUUUCCGCAAGCACAAGAGCAUCAAACUUUCGAGCCCGAGACUGAAUAACAUGGCUGCCGUCGGUUGCGGUCUCGUCUAUGGUGCGGUCAUACUACUGGGCUUGGAUCACGCCACGCUGCCGGACAGCAACGAUUACUAUCCUACAGUCUGCACCGUGAGCAUCGGUCACUUUCCGUUCGCAAGAGUUUAUUUAUUGUCUGCCGGGUUUUCGUUGGCCUUCGGAUCGAUGUUCACCAAGACGUACCGCGUGCAUCGGAUUUUUACGAGGAGUAGAAGCGGCGUUGUCAAGAACAAGCUGCUUCAAGACACGCAGCUGAUAAGUUUGAUCUGCGUCCUUCUACUGGUAGACGGCCUCGUGGUGACACUAUGGGUGACCUUCGACCCGAUGCAGCGUCACCUGCGAAACCUGACGCUGGAGAUUAAUCCGCAGGACAGAGGCGUGGUCUAUCAACCUCAGGUGGAAGUGUGCCGUUCUCUACACACGAACAGCUGGCUGGGCGCGCUGUACGUUUACAAGGGAUUGUUGCUGAUCGUAGGCGUGUACAUGGCCUGGGAAACGAGGCACGUGAAGAUACCAGCGCUGAACGAUUCCCAGUACAUAGGGAUGAGCGUGUACUUCGUGGUGAUCACUUCCGGUAUCGUGGUCGUGCUGGCGAAUUUAAUGUCCGAUCGCGCGACUCUGGCCUUCGUCACGAUCACGGCGUUGAUCUUGGCGUCCACAACGGCGACGCUGGCGUUGCUGUUUCUACCCCAACUGACGAAUAUUCUCGCCGGCGAGAGGGCCGACCCCGUGGUGCAAAGCCUCGGCUUGAAGAUCGAGUGCAACACGAGGAGAUUCGUCACCGACGAUAGGACCGAGCUACAAUACCGCGUGGGAGUGCAGAAUCGCGUGUACCGUCGCGAAAUGGCGCAGCUGGAGCUGGAGUUAGCCAGAUUGGAGAAACAAUUGGCGCAGGAGCCGGUCGAACCAUCGCACGCAUCGUCGAGCACGUCUAUUCCGCAACGCAAUCCGAGCAUCGGGGGUGGCCUGCCAUUGUUGUUGCUCAGCGUAUUACCGCCAGUCAUACCGAGGGCUAGCUGGCCGUCCGCGGACUCGUCCGGGAUACGCCGCGGUACCGUAGCGUUUAGCAGUCAGCCGGACUUGGAGCCAGGCGGUCCCAGGAGGAGUCUCGCCGACAUUUACAAGCUUCAUCGGCGCAGGGAGACGGAAGGACCGAACCGACUAGGAGUUUUCCAACGACUCUUCAGUCUCUUCGGCAGCCGACCCAGCAGCAGGAAAACUUCCACCGCAUCGUUCACGGGAGUAGCGUCAGCGCUUCGGGUUCACAUGGGCUACAUCGCCGGGCUGGUACCAGGCACGAAGGCUGCAUCCACCUGUCAAGUCGAUGCCCAAGGCGCUCGUUCGCCUCAUCCCCGAUGCGGGUCAGGACCAAUAAUUAGUAUUACCAGCGAGGAAGAUCGCAGGCUGAGCCUGGGGUUACGACGCAAAGAGAGCAGCGAGCCCAGAGUCAAUUUCAGCUUACCGCUCAAAGCUAGCAGCAGCCAAACAUCGUCGCGAGAGAAAAUCCGUGGAUCGCCGCGGUUUCCUCAUCGAAUAGUACCAGCGAACAGUUUGAACGCGAUCGCGGCGUGUUCUUCCAUCUCGCGGUCCCAUCAUCGGUGGCACUCGAUGGAAGACGCGAGGAAACCAAAGAUUCCCCAGACUCCACGUGGAUCCUCGUGCAGUCCUAGUAGCUGCGACGCGUGGACCACUCGCGAGCUCGGGAUCCCAUUGUCCGAACUGGGAAAGCUGGACACUGGAAGUAAAAAUGUUCCGGAAUCCCUGCCUUUAACCGUAAUGGCAGAGACGAAUGCGAAUUCGGAGGACGCGAGAUUCGGAGGAAGCAGCAGCGGCAGUAGUUUCAAAAGUCCAUUGCGAGAGAACGAUGAGCGCGGCGACGCGAGUCCCGCGGAAUCGGAGUUGAAAAUCACUCGGUCUGCGUCCUCUUCGUCCUCGUCGCCUACUAACACCGGGGCGUCGAGCGCCAAGAACGACGGAUCCUCCUGUAAAAACGAGUUCCGUUCGGAAACCAAACAAGUGGAGGCCAGUGCCGACUUCAUCGAGGAAAAGUCGACACAUCCUCAGCCCUUGAGUCCCGUGAUUUGCCAUACGAAUUUGGAUAAUCCCGAAGAGACGGACAAUCGUACAAACUCAUCGAGCGAAGACGAGAAGAGAACUGCCGCGUAGAGUAUAAUAAUAAGCUGUGGAAAAAACGAAUUAUUCCUGUCACGAUAUUCUUCCCUACCGUGUAUUCUUAUACCGUGUAAUCGACCCUUCGCGCAUACGUUCUUUGGAUAUCGUACACGACAUGCAUCCCACGCGUCAGAAUCAACUGAAAUUUUUCAGAGGAAGGGCAACAGGUAGGAUCGAAUUUAUAACUGUGAGAAUUUUAUUUCUAUUCCGUCUUAUUUCAUUGCUUCAGAACAUCUAAAAACGAAAAUGUUCCCUCUCUGUCGGCGGACAUCCCAUCUCCUCUGUUGGCACUCGAGUCGUUUUAUAUAGCUUGACGGUGUUAUUUAAGUGUUGGUCCGAGGGUCGCGAACCGUAGUAAUCGUGCCAAAAACAAAUCUACCGGGGCCCGUAAAAGUAUACAGCUGAUCGACUUUAUGGGAUUACGGAGGGACCAAAAUAUAAUGAUACACGCAUCUUCUCUUUAUCGUUCGAAAUUGCUGUUACCCCGUUGCACCCUUCAUCCAAUGAUCCUAGUUUCAUCAGUUCCGAUACUGGUUCGUAAGAAUUACGUAACUCAAACUGUUCAACAAAAUCGUCGAAGGCAAGCUGCGAGUACUCUUACAGGUCCAACGUUUAAAGUGUUCAGUGUCCCGAACCCUCCUUUAAGUACCUGCACUCGAUGUAACGAAUAAAAAAAAAAAUACUUCGCAAAAACCACGAGAAUUCUUGGUUUCUUCCAUAAAUUUUAAAGAGCGAUGUACCGAGAUGUUUUAACGUCGGCGCGUAUAAGUGCGUAGGCGACGAAGAAACUGGCGAGAAUACACAGUGACUCCGUUAGUAUUUGGACACACUUAGAACUUGAAUAACAUUUUUAAUAUUGAAUUGAGAAAAUUAAGUUGUUUGAAUAACAUUAAAAAGGUUACUUGGUCUUGAAAUGCGUCCGAACAUUAAUAGGAGUCACUAUACGUGGAAGGUGACGAGGUUCGGCAAACGAGUGUACGAGUUCUAGUCAAGCCGCAACACCUCGUCACCUUUUAUUCACCUCGAGUAUCUCAACGCGACUAACUCUUACCGCUAUAAGCAAUAAUCCUCGUCGGUGCAAUUAAAAAUGGAUAAAUGUGUAAUAAAGAUAUAUUCUACCUACU